AACAAACAGAUUACUCUCUUUCGAAGAUUUUCUAGGAUUGGGUUUUUUCUGUUUUCUGCCUUUUUGGUUUUUUUUUUUUUGUUUGGGGCCACCGGUUUCCUGUUUGUUUCCGGGGAUUCUAUAUAGACGAAAGUGGUUCAAAAGUUUUUGAAUCGGGCAAAAAAAAAAGGAAUAUGGCGGUGGCUGUGGUUUCCCAAGAAAAUGUGGUGCCUUUGGUUUCCAGAACUGGGAGGCAUUUGCAGCGCUACAACAAGGGUCUUCGCCAAGUUGUAGGGUGCAUACCAUAUAGAUAUAAAAGUGCUGAACAGGGUUCCUUGGGUGAUGACGAACAGGAACUUGAGGUUCUUGUUAUCAGUUCACAGAAUGGGAAAGGAAUGUUAUUUCCAAAGGGAGGCUGGGAAUCGGAUGAGUCCAAAACGGAGGCAGCCUUGAGGGAGACUCUUGAAGAAGCUGGAGUAAGAGGAACUAUUGAGCAUGAAUUGGGUAGCUGGAACUUCAAGAGCAAGACACAUGACACUCAUUAUGAAGGAUACAUGUUCCCUUUACUUGUUGAGGAACAAUUAGAUAUUUGGCCAGAAAAGAAUAUCCGUCAAAGAGUAUGGAUGAGUGUGCCAGAAGCUAGAAAAGUAUGUUACCAUUUGUGGAUGAAGGAAGCAUUGGAUAGACUAGUACAGCGUCUCAUGACUGCACAACAACUUGUUGAGGGAGAAGUGGCACCUUGCUUCAUUUGUUAACAGUGGGAAUAUGACUUAAUAAAUAGAAAACUGUCAAGAGUUUUCUUUUUAGACCAGAAGAAGCAAAGAAGUUUAGGAAUCAAUUGUAAACAAGAACAAGCGUGGGAGAAGAAUUGGAAAUAACUGGAGCUGGCCCUUUUGGUUCUACCUUCCACUCUGCUUUCUUUUAUUAUGGAAGUGCCACAUUUUUCAGCUCUGAAAGCUUGAAAUUUUAGGGUUGUAUACUUUUUGUUUUGUUGCAGACUCACUUUGUACAACACAAUUUUUGAAAAUGAAUGAUGAAAUUGUGUUAGAAUUAUCUUUUGUUUGCUUAAAGUGUAAACUUGGAGAAAACAAUGCUAUCUCUUGUUGUAAAGGAAAAGAACCCAACAGAGGUGAUUUCUUGUUAA